AUGAAAACGAUUAUUACUGCCAAUGGGACCAGAGUGCAGGAAUUCAUUUUGCUGGGAUUUGGAGUCGGGCAGCAGAAGCGGUUCUGGCUGUUCAUCUUCUUCACCAUUCUCUACGUGGUCACUUUGGCUGAGAACGUCACCAUCAUCGUACUGGUGGUUCUAGAUGCCCAUCUGGCCCGCCUUCCUAUGUACAUCCUGCUGAGCAACUUCUCCUGGCUUGAGAUGUGUUAUGUGACUUCUACUGUGCCUCGGAUGCUUUUUGACCUAGCAUCUACCCAAGGGAUCAUCUCCUUCAGCGCCUGCUUCCUUCAAUUUUAUAUCUUCUUCUCUCUCGGUGACACAGAAUGUUUAUUCCUCUCAGCCAUGGCCUUGGACCGAUACUUGGCCAUUUGCCAUCCACUGCGCUACCCACAGAUUAUGUCCCAAAAUUUCUGCUACGCUCUGGUGGUAGCAUGUUGGGUCCUUGGGUUCCUGUGGCAUAUUUUUCCAGUGGCCUUGAUAUCCAGGUUGUCCUUCUGUGGCCCAAAUGUAAUUGAUCACUUUCUGUGUGAUCCUGGGCCUAUUUUGUCUUUGGCCUGCCCUCCAAUCGAAAACUUUCCUCUCAUUAGUCAAAUUGUUGCAGAUGCCCUAGUCAUUCUGGGCAACUUCUUCUUCGUGGUGCUAUCGUAUGGUGCUGUAAUUCUCACCCUGAUGAAAACUUCUAGCCGAGGCAGUCGUAGGAAGGCUUUCUCUACCAUAUCUUUCCACUUGGUGGUGGUGAUGAUCUUCUACGGUCCCGUAGCAGGGAUGUAUGUGAUUCCAGGUGGAGGGAGUGAGUCGGAAGUUGCUAAGUUAGUAACGGUGUUCUACACUGCUCUGACACCCUUUCUCAAUCCCCUGAUCUACAGUCUGAGGAACGAUCAGGUGAAGGAGGCACUACGAAGGCUGAGAAAGAGAAGGAUAAGAUUAUCGAGGAGAAGGGUGACAG